GCCAGCAGCCGGCUGCUUCCGGGAGUGGUGUGGGGCUAUGGUAGGCAGCCAGCCUACCUGAGCCCUGCUGUGCUGCCAGCUGGGAGCCACCUGUGUUCCCUAGAGCUGAAAUCACUGAUAACCAGGUCUAGGUGAUACUCCUUAGACCUGCGGUGGGGUAGUGUCUUCAGUGAAAGAGACUGACCAGUUUGUACUAGCAGUGAGACUCCCUCCCUAAGUGCUGAAAUCGCUGAGAACUGCCUGUGUGAAGUUGCUGGGACCUCAAGGCAUCGCAGAAGUUGCAGUAGAGAGGCCAGUGGUGGAGUGAACAAUGACAAGGCAGCAGCAGAGUAGACAACGAUGCAGCGCACAGCAGUGGCAGGCAGCGAUGCAGAGUGAACGGUGCGGCAUCAGGAGCUGAGGCUUCCUGCUGGGUCUCCAGAUUCCUUGGACGCGGUGUGAGCAGCGGGUAGGAUGGGUUACCAGCAGCUCUACUGGAGCCACCCUAGGAAGUUCGGAAAGGGCUCCCGCUCGUGCCACGUGUGCUCAAACCGCCACGGCCCGAUCCGCAAGUAUGGGCUGAACACGUGCCGGCAGUGCUUCCGCCAGUACGCCAAGGACAUCAGCUUCGUCAAGUUGGACUAAACACUUCUCAAGAAGAUGAGAUGUCACAAGGAGACUACUGGACAUAAUUCUCUGCCUAAUUUGGAUAACUGGGCAUGCUAAAUUUACCAAGUCUUUGCCAUGCUAUUUUGUGUAUAAAAUAAAAUAACCGAACAGUUCAAAAAAAUAAAUAAAUAAAAAAGCUUCCA